AGAGAUCGAGAGAGAGAGAACCCUAAAGGAUUAACAGAGCCAUUGGCACUUUUUGCUUAUCUUCCAAAGAGAUUAACCCCUGAUUUUCAUUAUUUCUUGCAAAGAAAACCCUUAAUCCUCAAUCUCUCUCUCACUUAAAUCCAUCUGCUCUUUCUUUCUCUUUCUCUCUUUCUUCAUCAUCUUUUUCUCUUCCACUUCCACUCUCUCUCCUCCCUUUUCCCUCCUAUAUACUGAGAGUUCCCUCCUCCAACCAUCUCACUUGCCACCUCCUCUUUAUACUUUAUUUAAAACGAUUGUCAGUUCAAGUUAGUAAUCCACAGCAUCUUCAAAGAAACACAUCUCUCUCUCUCUCCACCACCACCACCACCACGAUUCAUUAGUUGGUAUUUUUAUUUGUAUCCAAUGGAUUACUAUUCAAGUUAUAUUUAUCCUUAUUAUGGAGCGAUGUCUCCAAGUGCGACCAUGUCACCACCGACUUGUCACCAACAAAAUUUACCACCAACACGUAAACAACGAAGGGAGAGAACGACCUUCACCCGUGCUCAAUUAGAUGAGUUAGAGGAGUUAUUUAAAAAGACUCGUUACCCGGACAUUUUCAUGAGAGAGGAAGUGGCAGCGAAAAUCAAUUUACCCGAAUCAAGGGUUCAGGUUUGGUUCAAGAAUCGCCGGGCCAAAUGUCGGCAACAACAGCAACAACAACAAAAUGGAAAAGCAAAAGUGAAAAAGAUCAAAAUGGAAAGUGAUAAUAAUAAUCAACCUCUCUCAUCUUCAUCAUCAUCAACCACAACAACAACAAAUUCAUCCUCAUCAACAGUGUUACCACCACCACCACCAUCAACUCAACCAUCAACACUACCAUCAACUCAACCCUCAUCUCAACCCUCAUCACAAUCAUCAACACAAUCAUCAACACAACCUCCAACACAACCACCAACAGUGUCACCAAUUUAUAACUCUAACCAUCACCGACUCUGGAACCCGGCCGAUCAAACAACAAGUGCCUAUGGCCAUCAUCAUCAUCCAUACACUCACACUCAUCCACAAAUAUACAAUGAAUACCAGGAACAAAAUUAUAAUUUUUACCCUGGGAUGGAUUAUUCAGCUUAUGGAAAUCAUCAUUAGGAAAUGUUCAUUAAUCCUUAAUCUCUUUCUCUCGCUCUCUGUCUCUUUCCUUUCUCUAACUCUAACUCUAUCACUUUCUCUUCAUAUUUAUAUAUAAGUUCAUCAUCGGAAUUAUAAUAAUAAAUGAAUACAAUUAAAACUAAA